AGUGUAGCUGCCUGUCAGCCUGUUGUGAAUGUCGGAGGAUGUCUGACAACGCAGAAUCUCCUACAGAAAAUCAAAAAGAUGAUCCCUCGAUACAACACACUGCCACUGAACACACUGGAUCGUCGGAUGAGAAGAAAAAGAUUGAUGUGCUGUUGAAGGCGGUCGGUGAUGCGCCCAUCAUGAAGACCAAAAAAUGGUCUGUGGAAAGCGGGAGGACAGUACAGUCACUCGCUCAGUUUAUCUCACGCUUUCUCAAACUCGAUCCUAGUGAACAACUGUUCAUUUAUGUCAAUCAGUCAUUUGCUCCAUCACCAGACCAGGAAGUGGGUGUGCUUUUUGAGUGUUUUGGAAGUGAUGGUAAACUAGUUCUCCAUUACUGCAAGUCCCAGGCCUGGGGAUGAUCGGGCAACUUUUUUUUUCUCUCUCCCUUUCUCCCGUUUCAUUUAUACACCUGCACACAUACAGUAUCAAAAACAUCACUCACACAUCAUGAUUGUUUUUAUAACUUAUUGAUUUUUCAUGUGUCAUUUUUUUGUAAAUAAUAAAAUGUAAAUAAUAUUGUAAAACAA